AUGCGUUUUCAGUAUUCUCUCGAACCAACAGAUGUCAUCAAUAUCCUGAGAUUGAAGAAUCCGUUGAUUAAAAACUCACCACUGUACUCUAACGUUGAAAUAAAAGUUAAUCCAAUAAAAGCUUGUUCACCACAACUGUUCACAAAUUUCAUUUUGAAUCAGGUCGCUUGGAUAAAGGCUGAUACCAAGGCAAUAUUAGCUAUACACGAGCACGUUAUUACCAACAACGCGCGAUUAUCUGUUACACACAACGACUUCAACACAUGGACGUUGAAUAUACGGGGCGUUAAAAGAGAAGACAGAGGACAAUACAUGUGUCAAGUCAACACAGAUCCCAUGAAAAUGCAGACGGCAUUUCUGGAAGUAGUCAUUCCUCCAGACAUUAUCUCCGAGGAAACCUCAGGCGACAUGAUGGUACCCGAGGGUGGUUCGGCAAAACUGACCUGUAAGGCCCGUGGAUAUCCCAAGCCUCGCGUAGUGUGGAAGCGAGAAGAUGGAGGUAUCAUCGUUGCACGAUCAGGACCAUCCAACAAAAUUGAACGUGUUAGUUCAGUCGAAGGGGAAACUCUUACCCUCACCAAAGUUACUAGGUCCGAGAUGGGGGCAUAUUUAUGUAUAGCUGCCAAUGGAGUACCGCCUUCAGUUAGUAAAAGGAUGAUGCUUCAUGUUCAUUGUAAGUACUAA